CAAAGGGGUGGGGCGCCAGCGGCAGCCGAGGCAAUCGGCUGUCAGGCCUCAGUGGGGGAACAAAAGUCCCUCCGGCGAGAUGCAUUGCUGUCCAAUAAUUCUUGGGAUUCAUUCUGUUUAUAGCUUGUUUAGCUAGCCUCUCUGCUUCAAACACCCCAAAUUGAUAUUAACAGAAACCUUUUUACAGCCUAAUUGAUGUAUUUUGUGCUUAAAAACUAAGCGGAAUCACUCUCUUCAUAGUGGUUUGUUGCGUAGUUGGGUUGUUCUUUCAACUUGCUUGGCUGACAGGCUGGCUAAUAGCUAACGAUAGCUAGCUAUGUGACCCAAGCCAGCACAGAGUGAUGUAAGGAAACUCUACAGUGGCUCUCUGCCAUCGCUCCCAUGUGCCCAUGGAGAAGGCAGCCUUUGAGGCGUGGCUGGAGUCGGUCUCUGCCUCCUUCCUUACACUCAACGACCCGCAGCGCAACCAGUCGCUGGACCAGCUCAUCUCCCUGAGCAGCGCAGUGCAGCUGCGCCACCUGUCCAAUGGACUGGAGACGCUGCUGAAGAGGGACUUCCUGCGCCUCCUGCCGCUGGAGCUCACCUUCUACCUGCUGCACUGGCUGGAUCCCCAGACCCUCCUCACCUGUUGCCGGGUCUGCAAGCAGUGGAAUAAGGUGAUCAACUCCUGCACGGAGGUAUGGCAGGGUGUGUGUCGGGAGCUGGGCUGGCAGAUCGACGAGUCGAUUCAGGAGGCGACACACUGGAAGGGCGUCUACCUGAAGGCCAAGCUGCGGAUGACACAGCUGAGUGAGCAGGAGGCCUUCGAGACGUCCUCGCUCAUAGGCCACAGCGCCCGGGUCUACGCCCUCUACUACAAAGACGGCCUGCUGUGCACAGGUUCUGAUGACCUCUCUGCCAAAUUGUGGGAUGUCCGCACUGGGCAGUGCAUCUAUGGGAUUCAGACCCACACAUGUGCCACUGUUAAAUUCGACGAGCAGAAGCUGGUAACAGGAUCCUUUGACAACACCAUUGCAUGCUGGGAGUGGAGCACGGGGGCUAAAAUUCUGCAGUUUCGCGGCCACACUGGUGCAGUGUUCAGUGUGGACUACAACGACGACCUGGACCUCCUGGUCAGCGGCUCGGCAGACUUCUCCGUGAAGAUCUGGUCCAUGUCGGCGGGCGCCUGCCUCAACACGCUCAACGGCCACACGGAAUGGGUCACCAAAGUUAUACUGCAGAAGAGUGAGGUGGAGUCUAUGAUGCACAGUCCCGGGGACUACAUCCUGCUCAGCGCUGAUAAGUAUGAAAUUAAGGUGUGGCCGUUAGGGAGGGAGAUCAACUGCAAGUGCUUGAAGACGCUGACGGUGUCAGAGGACCGCAGCGUCACCCUCCAGCCGCGGCUGCAGUUCGACGGGCGCCACAUCGUGUGCAGCUCCGACCUCGGCGUCUACCAGUGGGAUUUCUCCAGCUUUGAAAUUAUCAGGGUGAUCAAGAUGCCGGACCCAGCUAACCUCUCCUUACUCAGUUUCGGGGAGGUGUUCUCCCUCCUUUUCGACAACCACUUUCUUUACGUGAUGGACCUUAGGACAGAGGCCAUAUCGGGCCGUUGGCCUCUGCCGGCCUACAGGAAGUCAAAACGAGGAUCCAGCUUUCUAGCUGGCGUGACUUCCUGGCUUAACGGACUAGACGGGGACAAUGACUCUGGACUUGUGUUCGCCACAAGCAUGCCCGACCAUAGCAUUCAUUUAGUUCUGUGGAAGGAGAACGGAUGAAGACGACCUGGAUCUACACAGACACCUAUACGGCUAGGUAACAAACUGCUUUUACAAUGUCUUUAUUUCAUUAUUUUCUUUUUGAACAUAUGAAAAUCCUCAAGUCAAGUUAGAUGUAUGGAUGGAAGGACCAAAGUGUAAAUGGUUUUGUUUUGUUUUUACAUCAAAAUCAACACAUUGUCUCUCUAAUGAGUUGACAUUAAAAGCUAUUUGAAAUUGACUAACUGAGGUACUUUUACAGAGUCCUUCAAUGAACUUAAACGUCUCUUUAGUCAGUUAAUGUUUAACAAUGACAUGAGUUGCUAAAAUGUUGUCGAACUUUAAAAGAUGUAAAAAGAGAUGAAAAAAUAUAUGGUUCUGUCAAAAAGCUCCUUGCUCAAAUUAUUGUUGCAAAAUGGGGAAAAACGUUUUUAGUAAAAAUCUUGUUUUAGUAAUUACAAUGAAUGUGCCGACGUCUUAUUUCAUUUGACUACAAAGGUAAUAUACAGUCAAAAAAAGUAAAAUAUGCUCUGCAGAACAUGAAUGGACUGAGUGUUCUGAAUAUAAUAACAGAUUUCAUUGGGGAGCUUGAUGGCAAAAAUUCUGAGAAAUCUGCCUUAAACACUGCAACUAGCAAAGCCGAUCUCCUUUGACUCUGACAAACUGCUUGAGGACGUUUCGCUUCACGAAACCUCCUCUGACAAAAGUCGGUCAUUAAAAGUGGCCGACAUUACUUUUUGUACAUCGCUGUCGGGUAAUGUAAAUCCACUGAUGCCGUUUACCUUUCCUACAGGAUGUUUGUUCUUAAAGUCAGCGUGGGAAAUGUAGUGACGUGCCUUUUCACUAGAUUUGAUGUUUCAAAACAAGCUUUGGUUUAAUCUGGCACAUUGCAAUAACAUGAUGGCUGUGGCCGGAAGCCUAAAAAGCUCUAACCAUAAUAAAACAAAAUACAUUUUCCAUGUAUCAUUUAUAUUUA